AUGCCGCACGGGGGAGUUGCGUCAACGGCGCGGGCAAACCCCGACGAGGGCCUCUGCGACCACUACCUCCCGCGGAAGCGACGCUUCUGCCGGGCAGAGAAGCGCGAGGGUAGCCGCUUCUGCCACACACACGACACACUCACGCCGUCUGCGGCCCAGCAGGGCGGGGGCGGCGGCGCGGCGGCGGAUGCGGCCGAGCGACCGCGGCGGGUGCCGUGCCCCAUCAACCCCAACCACACCGUGUACGAGUCGCGGCUGCAGUACCACGUGAAGGUGUGCCCGGACUUGCGGUUUGUCGUCACGCGGUUGCCUUACUACAGAGAGAAUGCCCACGCCCUGCGCGGAGCGGUGUAUUGCGCGGCGGCGGACACGCAACACGAGCGACGGACGCACCAUGACUUGGACGCCGACACCCUGCGCCAGCUCAUUGCGCGCGUGCGUCGCUGUUAUUUCGCCGUGGUGCAGCCGCAAACGGUGUUGCUGGCGGAGGAGGUAUCCAGCGAGGGCGAGGAAACUCCCACAUCGGUGCGAAAAGCGUCCGCCAAGCACGGCCCGCAGCACCGCGCCCUGCUGCAUUGCUUGCAGAGGGCGAUUGCGGGCUUUGCAAAAGCGCAGGAGCUAGCAGGCGACGCCGACGUGGCGGUGGCGGGGUUUAUAGAAUUGGGCGCGGGAAAGGGUGGGCUCGCAGUCGCGCUGCAGGAUGCCGUGCUCUCCCGUGCCUUUGCUCUUCCAGGGAGUAAGGUCGAGAAGCAAGGCUCCGUGGCAGCGGAUGGGUCCAGUGAGCCUCUCCUUGUUGUGGUCGAUGUAGACAACUUUCGCCGCAAAGGCGAUGCACGUGUUUGUCGCACCCGUCUUCCCCUCACUCGACUGCGUCUCGACAUUAAGGACCUCGACUUGGCCGCCGCGCUGCGUGACCCCUCCGUUCGCAAACGGGCGAGAGACGGCGAACACGCCGGCGGAGGCACUUCUUUAGGCCUCCGCCCUGAAGCGCUGAUUCCGGCAGAACACUGGGUGGCUAUGGGCAAGCAUCUUUGUGGCGCCUGCACAGACUUUGCCCUCGCAUGCAUCACAGCGCCCAACCUUCGCACGGAAGGUCGCCUGUGCGUGAGUGUCGUUGUCCUUGCCACCUGCUGCCACCACCGCUGUGAGUUGCAGCACCUCAAUUCCCUGGGAGCCACGGACAACGACGGCCAAGCGGUCUUGCGUUUGCCCGGAACGCAGGACACCCUUUCCGCCGCAGAGUUUGCGGCAAUUGCUUCUAUGUCUUCCUGGGCCGUCAGUGGGGCAUUUGUGGACGAGGAAAGCCGCAUCACGGGUGUCUGUUGCAAGCGCGUCAUUGAUGCCCUACGAGUACAGUACUUGAAACAAAGUGGCUACCGUGCCGCCUAUCUGUGCCAGUACACGCAAAGGGACAUCACCGAAGAGAAUGUCUGCAUUGUUGCGUUUGCGUAA